AUGGGGUCAGCCGGUUCGCUAAAUCGUGGUCCUAUCAGAACGCUGAUUCUCGGUUGUAUGGGUGCUGGAAAAACGUCUUUCAUGCGGCAAAUGGUAAGGUGCCAAAAAAAAUCAAUCACCAACAACCGCGAGUACUAUCUGUACUGCGUGCAAUUGAAUCUGUUGAAUGUCUACAGAGAACUCAGAAACGUUUGCAUCAGUUUGGAGAUCCAAAUCAGUCCUGAACUCGAUGCAGCAUUCACCGAAAUCCACGAAUACCGUCACAAAGAGAAGUUUCCACAAAAAGUGAUCGACGCAAUCAGUCUUCUUCGUAACUCUCAACUCUUUGAUUUCUGUCGAAUGCGUCAACGAAUUCUUCAGUUGCCUCAGAACUACAACUACAUGAUUCAGAGAGCCGACGAGUUCAUGCAGGCGGAUUAUAUCCCAAGUGAGAACGACAUAAUGAUGUCCUAUUCGCAGACUUGUGGACUAGUACGGGAUAAAGUAAAGACGCAGGGAUAUGACUUUGAGCUACUCGAGCUGCCAGGACAUCAUUUGUGGAGAGCGAAGUGGGCUCAACAUUUUGAAGAUCCAGAUCUUGUAGUGUUUGUCAUCGAUCUCAGCGAAUUAUGUGAUCCGGCGUUUUAUAAUAAAGGCCAUCUGGAAAACAAGACAGUCAACGUGUUUACUUCUCUCGUCAGCAACGCGCUGCUUGCAAAAGUCUAUUGGCUUCUGAUCUUCAACAAAAUUGAUACAUUCAACGAUCACUCGGCAGGUUUUGAUUUCAAGAAGCUCGCCAAUCAUCUGGAUACUGGAGACAAUGCCAAGACAUUCUAUCGAUCUCAAUUCACGACACUUCUUCCGAAGAACAAAUGCUUCGCUCAUAUGGUCUCUCUCGUCAAUGUUUAA